AUGGGAUUACCAGCAGCGAAUCACAAACGUGUAGUUAUUCCAACCUACAAAAUUACAGACCAGGUACCUGAAUACUAUCAUGAUCCCCACAGUGGGGAAUUUAUUCCAACCAGAUAUUUUCUGGACAAUUUGGAUAACAUCGGACCUCAGCACUGGAAAAACUUGUAUUCUGCUGAUCUUUCAUUACAUGUCGUCGGGACGACAUACAAUGGAAAUUACAGUCACAAUAAUAACGUUGGGUUUCGUCAAAUGAUGAAUCAUCUUGGACUCAUAAACGAUGCAAUGGUUUCCGAAUCUGGAUUUGGAUCCGAAGGGUCGGAUUAUGGUGACUAUAGCGAUGAUUCUGAUACGAUGAUGAGUGAAGAAGAAUCUGUAAUUGAUGAAUAUCCCGUGCAUCAAUAUCAUAACAACAAUAAUCUCCAUCAACACAAUGUAUAUAAUAAAUCAGCAACAACCGGCAGUCUUCGGUACCAAACAUAUUUCUCACACACAUUAAUACUCGCCACUCAAUCGGGAUUCUUUAAUCAAUUGCUUGGCCCAAUCAACAACACAAACUCGUUAUCAUCAUUAAACAACGAUAAUGACGUUAUGAUAACAGUUCCUCACCCAGAAGUAUUUGAACCUAUCUUACACUGGUUGUACCAUCAUGACGAUGAAUCGUGGCUGGAUGAAAUGUCAUUGGAAAAUUUCCAGCAGAUUUACGAAAAUGUCAAGUAUUUAAAGUUGGGUAAAGAAGCGUACGACGUAUUGGAUCAAUUCAUUUCCGAGGUGGAAGAAACGGGAAUUGAGAUUGAAAUUGAUGGGGUCGUAGAAUAA